AUGGCUAACAUAGAAGUGAUUCUGAGCCAGCUAGGAUGGCAGAAUGGUUUUCGAAUUCCUGUAGCUAAUGAAGAAAACAAACAUCUAGAGGAAGAAGUAAAGAUAAAGGGUGCUAUUGAAGAUGACGAAAAGCUGAUAGAAGCAAAACAAAUGCUUCAAUUCGACGAGGAUAGUUUACGCAAGUGGGAAGAGAUGCUUGCACGAAAGGAAGAAGAUAAUCAGCUAAUAGAGAGUUACAUGAAGCAGGACACACAGAAGUAUAAGGAAUUGGAGCAGAAACGACAAAAGUUUAGCAUGGAACUUGAGAUUUAUCGUCAAGCUAUUGUCAAAAUUGUCAACGAGACACAAGAGAUGGAGAUUGUCCUGAAUCGUACUGCAAAAUUAUACAUGGAAACGUUACAAGAACGUAGACAGAUGAUAAAUCAGUGGACACAAAGCGUCAAUGUUUUACAGCAAAGGGAUAAUGACAUACAAAGCUGUUUAAAAGAAAUUGAAACAUUGCGGGAGAUUGACAGGGAGAAAAAAAACGACCUUCAAGAAGCGGAACAAUUUUUUAAAGACCAAGUUAUGAAUAACAAACAAUUGGAAAAGUCGAUUAAACAAUCAGAAAAAGAACUCCUUGUGAUCCGAGAGAAACAGUAUAAAAUGAUAGAGACCAUUGGUGCUUACUCUAUUGAGGUUCAUACUCAGAAAAAAUUAGUGGGAGAUUUGGCACGUUGCAUACAACAAGUUCGAACAAAUGUGAAGCAUAAGAAGAUUGAGAUUGAAAACAAAUGUAUAAAAAUGGAAAAUUGUCAGAAGCAGAUUGAUGAUUUAACGUCGACUUUAGGAGAGAUUGAGAGUCGAAAAUUAAACGUUGAAGAGAAAACAAAGCGCUUAGAAAAGAUGAUUGAGCAUGACGAGAAACGGAAAUCUUUGACCACCAAGGAAUUGAAUCGCUUACAAUCCGUUAUUUUACGUGUUACGCAAAGAAUUGUAGAAUUGGAGAGCGAGAGGAGAAUUCUUCAGAUGCAAACGCAGGAUGAAAACAACAAGUUCGAUCUACUUGCCGCAUUGCUAACGAAGACGAAGAAACUCUUGGAGGAGAAGAAGGAGGCUCUUUAUCAAGUGGAGUUCAAUCUGCAUAAGUGCGAGAUGAAACUCGAGCGAAUCAGAGGACGCGAGAGCGACAAGAGUGAAACCGAAAAAAAGCAGAAGAGAAUCGAAGAAUUGCAAGCUAUACUAAACAACAAAAUAACUACAUCUAAGCUGCUGCAAAGCCAGAUCGCCAAUUUGGAACAUGAUAUAAAAAAGAUAUCUAGCUGUUUGUCAAACGAAAACUACGAACUUGAACGAUUACGCAGCAAAAAGCAGGAUUUGUUGUUGCUGUUAGAUGGAGGCGAGAAGCAACUGAAGAUCGCGCAAUCCCGCAACGAGGAGAGACAAAUGGAAGAAAAUAUAAUGCGUCUUCGAGUAUCACAGCUCAAGCAAAUGACAUCAAAUGUGAGUGACAAGGUCUACGAUUUGGAAAAAUAUCGCCUUUAUCUCGAAGCGGCACUUAAGGAGCGCACCGUAGAAAUCAUAGCGCAAAAGGAGGCACUUGCCGUGCAGAAGAGAAUCGUCAGCAAUGAAUGUUCAGAGCUACGCACUGCCAUUGCCGAAAGAGGAAACAGGAUACAGCAAUUGCAAACGCGACAUGACAACGCCGUCGCGACAUUGACCGUUAUUCCAGACGGGUCGCCGAUGACUACUGCAUACUUGAAAAUACAGAGUGCUCAGGAGCGAUAUUUGCUGCGAGAGCGAGGUGACAAACUGGACGAAGCCAUCGGACGAACCGAACAAGAGAUACGUAGUAUGGAAAAUACGCUACGCGUAGUGAACACGUGUAACGACAAGUACAGGGACAGUCUAAGCGCGGUAAAUCAAGAUGAACCGGAGUGGACGGAGCAGAAGAGACUUGACGAGCAGAUGCAUGAUGCGCAGCAAAGAUUGCGCCAAAAGCAGGCACACUUGCAACAACUGUUUGACGAAUUGCAGAGAACACAGAAUGAUUAUACUAAACUGCUUGAUGAUGUUGAAAGAGCAAAAGAAGAGAAAGAAAAUAAACAAUGUUAUUUAUCGGGUAUUGAAAAACAGACAACGGAACAGGGAGAGAAAAUAUCCAGAGCUGACAAGAAUCUUUGGAAGGCACACAAGGAUAUACAAAAUUUGUACAUUUCUAAGAGAGAUAACGUCAUACUUUUACAACAGAAAGAGGUGGAAUUGCGAGAGCUUCAAGAACGGAACGCGCUGGUUCUUCAAGACAUUGCGGAAUUCACAAUUCGUUAUGUAGAAGCUGAAGCGUAUGUAAAGAAAUUACUUAUGGCCAAGAACAUCGCGUUACCGUGCUUCCUUCCAUCGACUAGAUCGCUCAUCAGUCCAUGCGAGAGUUCCACGAGCUCGAUAAAUCAGCCUUUGAAGAGCACAAGUCGCAUGAGUAUCUUUACAUCAUCAAGGGAGAGUAUCGGCAGUGUAGUAAAAAUAGAACCACAAUUUGAAAAACCAGAAAGUAAGACGUUCACGAAUAGAAAGUAUGAUCAACAUGUUAAAAAAAGUGUUUUGUCAAAAAAAUCAAUUUCCGUACAUGAAAAGCAACGAUCACAAAAGAAAUCAAUUAUAAUUUUAAUCAAGAUGUCUGAAUUAACACAAGUUCAGAAGCACAAAAUUUUCGGAGGAUGGCAAAAAGUAUAUUCACACAACAGUACAGAAUUGGGAUGCACAAUGAAAUUUGCUGUUUAUUUGCCACCACAAGCUGAGAAAAGUUCUGUACCAGUUAUCUAUUGGUUAUCUGGCCUCACCUGUACCGAAGCUAAUUUCAGCGAAAAAGCUGGUGCUCAGAAAUAUGCUGCUGAGCAUGGUGUAAUUCUUGUUAUUCCUGAUACAAGCCCAAGAGGAUUGAAUAUUCCCGGGGAGAAUGACAGUUAUGAUUUUGGCAGUGGCGCAGGAUUCUAUGUGGAUGCAACAUGUGAACCAUAAAAAAAUUAUAGAAUGUACAGCUACAUUACCAAAGAAUUGCCAGCUUUGAUCAAUAAAGAAUUUCCAACUUUACCAAAUAAGCAGUCUAUAAUGGGCCAUAGCAUGGGAGGGCAUGGCGCUUUAAUAUGUGCCCUUAAAAAUCCUGGACAGUUUAAAACAGUUUCAGCAUUUGCACCAAUAAGUAAUCCGAUUCAAUGCCCGUGGGGAAAGAAAGCUUUCUCAGGAUAUUUAGGAGAAUCAGAGGCUAACGAUGCAUGGAAGGAAUGGGAUGCUACAGAACUUAUGAAAAAUUAUAAUGGCCCACUUUUGGAUAUUUUAAUUGAUCAGGGUAAGGACGAUCAGUUCCUGAAACAAGGUCAACUAUUACCAGAGAAUCUAUUAAAGGCUGCAAAGGAUAACGGCAUAUCGCUCGUUCUCAGAUUCCAUGACAACUAUGAUCACAGCUAUUAUUUUAUAGCUACAUUUAUCGAGGAUCAUUUCGAGCACCAUAUAAAAUAUCUUAAAGAUUAAGUCUGUUCAGAGAAUCAUUGCUUUACUGUUAAAAAUGGGGAUUUUUAUAUAGCAAUUUUACAUUAUAUUUUUUACAAGAUUUAUCUUGUACUUUUUAUAAAGAUGAUAUUAAAAUAAA